AUGACUAUGACCGACAACCCUGGCCACGCCCGUCUUCCUUCCACAGCAUCCACUCGAGCUGCACCUGCCGCCAUGUCAUCGUCGAGCCCGUGGGUCUUCGACACCAAAAAACGAAACAGACUACUGAAAAGAUAUCGGACUCAAGUGGCGUCAGCUACCUCGACCGUCUUUGCUACAUUGGCUGUGACGCCUUUGGAGAACAUUAAAACUCGAAUGCAGACGCAUAACUUUCGCAAUCUAACCGAAUGUGCUAAAUACAUAUGGCGUACAGAAGGAUUUCGUGGCUAUACUUCUGGCUUUCUGCCUCCUCUUAUGAGCGUCACGUUUGUGCGAGUAGUCAGCUUCAGCACAUAUCAAAACGUCAAAUAUCAAAUAUCGGAUGAGUGGGAACGCAUCACCGGUGUUUCUCCUUUGUUAUCCUAUAACGAGCCUGGAAGUAUUCCCAACUUGGCGACGAUUACUACUUUCACUGUAGCGGGCAUGUGCGCUGGCCUUGCGGCGUCUCCAUUUGCAUGCCCAUUUGAACUCGCCAAGAAUGUUGUGCAAACCUCGGUUCUCAUGUCGUACCGAUCCCAAGCCUCACCCGAUGCUGUGCGCGAUCCUCGAGUCCGUCAUUUACCACGGCUUGGCACCAUCCAAGCUUUCCGGCAGAUCAUCAGCCGCCAUGGCUUCCGUGGACUAUACACCGGCUAUCAUCUUCAUGCUAUACGCGAUACCAUUGGCACCGGGAUGUACUUUGGGAUCUACGAAACGGUCAAGCAGAUUAUUGCUAAGGAGAUGGGCAAACCAGCCCAAUCUCCAUUUGGACCUCCUUUGGUAGCCGGCGCUCUAUGUGGGACGAUACCGUGGUUGGUAACUUACUCUCUUGAUACCCGCAAGACACGUGCCCAAAGUAUUCUGCUGGGAAGGAGCAAAGAGAUUGGCGAGGCAUCAUCUGCAGUGGCUCGGUCCAGUAUGUACAAGGGUCUCUCAGUCUCGCUGAUGCGCACCAGUAUUCAGAACAUGAUCCUCUUCAGUAUCUUUGAGUUUACCAAGUCUAGGAUCAACGGGCUUGAAGUUUGA